AUGCUAUCAGACGUGAAGCGCUCGUUAACGCGAACGCGAACGGCUAUAGACGCGGAACUGAUGACGUUUUCCGGACAGUCAGGUCCUAAAAUAUUACAAAUAUACUCUAUAGCUGAAGGGAGCGUAGACGGGCAGAACAGCUUCCUGAAUCAGCCGCUCCGAAAGGACCAUCUCGAGAGCUUCCGCGUGAUGUCCAUGCAGUGCAACCCUGAGCAAUGGCAGUCGCUGCCGGCGCAAAUGCGGCACGAGCUCCAACGCCGACCAGAUUUCGUCGCCCUCGAAGAGCAGAUUGAAGAACUGACUGAGGAGAUUAAGACGGCUGACGAAGAGGCCAGUCAAGAGCUUCAAGGUCGAUGGCACAAACUACAUAUAGAACGGCAGCGGCUCCCUCUAGAAGAGCUGAAGAAGCGCCGCCAGAGCCAACCUCGAAAUCACCAGUCCCACGGUGCUCUCGAACUUAGCCAAGGCGACCGCCACCGCUAUUUCCUUAGGCGCGUUCCGCCACAUGAUGCCUGA